UACACACACUGGCGCAGAAGGCGACUUCCAAUACGAAGAACCCCAAGUGAUAAACUCCCCGAAGAGACAAAACAAAGUAUAUUAAUGCUUUAUCACUGUUUUUCCGCGUAGUAUAUCGACUGACAUCGGCCAAAUACAAAGUGCGAACUCCGUUUGUCGUCAAAGUAUCUGUGAUUUUAAUUUAGAAGAAAAAAAGAAAACAAGGACAUCAUGAAGACCUUUUUGCUAAUCGUCGCUACUGUUUUGGCUGUAUGCUCUUCAGCCUUUGCCACACAAUGUAACGUGAACCCGGUGACCAUCCCCAAGCAAUGGAUCACCAUGUCGCAGGGCUGUCGCGGCGCCGUACGCAAGCAGGUACAGAUGGAGGUGGCCGCCUCCGUACAGUACCUCGCCAUGGCCGCGCACUUCUCCAAGGACUCUGUGAACCGUCCCGGCUUCGCGAAGCUGUUCUUCGAGGCAAGUUCCGAGGAGCGCGAGCACGCGCUGAAGCUCAUCGAGUACUUGCUCAUGAGGGGAGAGCUCACCACCAACGUCACCUCCUUGAUCACCAUCAGGGCCCCGGAGCACAAGUACUGGUCGUCUGGCCAGGCCGCGCUGGAGGAGGCGCUCAAGAUGGAGACGGAGGUCACGAAGGCCAUCAGGAAUGUGAUCGUCAAGUGCGAACAGGACCGGGAGGACAACGACAACAAUGACUAUCAUCUUGUCGACUACCUCACUGGAGAAUUCCUGGAAGAGCAAUACAAGGGACAACGCGACAUCGCGGGCAAGGCCUCCACACUCAAGAAGAUGAUGGACCGCCACUCCGCUCUCGGAGAGUUCAUCUUCGACAAGAAACUCCUUGGCAUGGACAUCUAAGAAGGACCAGAGUCCACGCCCUUUUAUUGUAGUUAAAAAAAAAAUAUACGUCACUUUUGUUAUUAUCGUUUUAAAAAUAAAACAUUCUUUUUUCAAAUUAAUUUUCUUUAGUUAUCAUAACCAUAGAGAUGUUAAGCAAAGAUAGUGCACUUAAAAAUCGAGUAAAUCAAUAGGAAAUACAAUCGCCGAACUUUGUCUGUCCUGUUGAAAAAAUUAAAUCAAGCAAUCAAUAAAUCAUUAGGCUGUAUAAUCAACGAUCUUUGUCUGUUUGUAGGAAAAAAAAAAUACAAUAUAACUCUCUUAAUCUCAUCUUUAUCGUAAAUAAAAAACUGUUAGAAAUCUUUCUUUUUCAAACUUAAAUUUGUAAAAAUAACUAAGUUCUUGUGAUAGAAAUAAAGUUUUUAUUUGAAAAUAUGUUUUAACAGUACAAAUAUUUUUCGUAUAUUUCAUUUUUUUAUUACCAUAAUUACAAAAGUCAAUAGUAAUUUAGGCCUUGUCUAGGUGUAUGUAAAAUUGUAGAAUAGCUGUAAGUAUAUUUAAAUUACAAUUAUUAAUAUUUUUUAUGCUGAAAACGAGGAAUAACUAUCCUCCGAACAAUAUGUUAGAUUUUUUUUUGUUUUGAUUACAAAUAUUUUAUGUCUAAUAAAUGCCCGCCAUGUUUUGUUUAGUUUUGCCAAUAGUGGUACACGUUUUUGGAAAUAAAAUCAUACCUGCGUCAC